AUGGAAAUGCAAGCAGCUGUUUUUGAUUGGAGUGCAGACUUUCGUGGUGUGCACCAGGAACAGGGGACGAAGGCAGCAGCCUGCCUUGCUGUUGUUCUUGCUGUUGUUGCUGCUGCUGCUGGUGCUGCCGGUUCGGCGGCAGCAAGACUUCUAACAGCAGAGGAUGCUCCAGAGAUCACCGUGGAAGUGCGGUCGCUGCGACACCUCCCGCAGUCGUUUUUCAACGAGGAAAACGAGAGGGAACUAGUGCUCAGACAGCACGGGCAACAACAGAGGCAUCAGCAUGGACGGGGGAGCGUCGACUACCGGAAGUGCUUGAGAGCGCAGUCAAACAUCGCCAACGAGACGCGAGAGACGGGGAACUCGACAUGGGGCAGGGGCGGGAGGUCCCGCCAGGCGAUGUGGCUGCGGGGCGCGGACAAGGUGUCGUGGAGCCUGCCCGAGCAACAGUUCAAGGAGGUCAAUGCGUACACCCCUGUCUGCAAGGUACACGUGUACGCCAUCGACCCCAACUCCCCCACAAUGGACACCUCCGAUUCGGUGGGCUGGCUCAUCGUCGACAUGCGAGACCUCGCCGGGCAGCGUCAGCAAGAACACUGGGUCAAGCUCCAGGGCGCCAGCCCCGCGGAGGUGCUGAUAUCCUCCCGCCUGGCCAUGGCGCGCGACCCGCAGGAGGACCCCUGUAGAGAAGGGCACGAGCAACGAGGCCGACCGAACAGCGGUCACCGGGGGAAUGAUUCGGCGAAACCCUCUGCUUCGAAAGCAAGCUUCGACGGUGGUUCUCCAACGGCCGCGUCGGAACGAACGAUGCCGUUUCCCGUCGCUGCCGCAGCACCAGCAGCAGGGCUGGAAGACGGCGAGCCUUUGGCAGCCUCGACUGCUGUCGACGCGGUGUCCGACCUCGACGCCCUACCGGUUGGGCCGGGCGCGGACGGGCAGGACGCCCGGACGUUCUCGCUGGCCAUCUCCGUCAAGGGGGCCGCGGGACUGUCAGGUUUGGCGGCUGCGGUGGCCGGCAGCGAUGGGGGUGGCCCCGGGUUCGAGAGCUUGGGGCCGCCGCCGACGGGGGGGGGUGCGAUGCUGGAUCCGAUGUUGGACUCCUUUUGGCUGCGGGCGGCCCUGCAAGGGCUAUGCCACUUCCUGGCCGAGGCCCCGCCGCUGCAGGUCUACCUCGGCACGGAAGGACGCAUCCUGGCCCACGCAGACGUGGACAUGUCUCUGCUGCUACCGAGAGAGCAAUGGCAAGGCCGCGGCACGUGCGAGUUCGGCAGCACCGNGGGCGGCCGACAAAGGAAUACAACUAGCUUCGCUUCCCGUCCCCUCCCCCUCACCCUCGCGGUCUACCUCGGCACGGAAGGACGCAUCCUGGCCCACGCAGACGUGGACAUGUCUCUGCUGCUACCGAGAGAGCAGUGGCAGGGCCGCAGCACGUGCGAGUUCGGCAGCACAGGGAUAGAGGGAUACUUCCAACUCCAUCUCCCCGGCGAGCCCCUGGCGGCCCCGCAGCAGCGAGACAAGGAAGACGGCGAGGGGGGGGAGGAAGAGUCACAGAGCCCCCCGGUUGCCUCCAUCUGCGCCGAGCUGACGAGGGCUGAUUCCGAACCUGGACCCGGCGAUGAGCCUGUUGGGAGCCCCGAUGCCGACGGGCUGUGGGCGGCGACGGCGGCAGCGGUGGCCACGGGCAGGACCGAGGGCUCAGCCAGCGCGAGCGGCGUGAGGACAUGGUCCCGCCUUGCGGUGGCUGGGAGGAGAGUUGGGCGGGCUGUUGCAUUCACGGCGGCGCUGCAGCGGCCAGAGCUCAGGCCGGUUGAUCACCCAGGCAGCGGAGGCGGUUCGGCGCUGAGCAACCGCGUCAAUGGCGGCGGCGGUGCUCUAGUGGGAAUCACUGACGCCACGGGAGAGCUGUUGCUGUCUGGAAAGGCCGGCGGUGCGGCCAUGGCAACCGAUGCAAUCGCGGGAGUGGCUAACGCUACAAUAACCCUUCCGCCUCCCUCCGGGAAGGCUUCCGAGCGGCUAGCUGCGGCGAGCGGGGGGAGGNGCGCUGCAGCGGCCAGAGCUCAGGCCGGCUUCCGAGCGGCUAGCUGCGGCGAGCGGGGGGAGGUAGACACUGAAGACAGCGACUUCCGGGAGACCAUCACCUGGGAGUGUGAAGGGGAGCCGCCGAACCCUGGAAGGGAGGGGGGCAAGGGGGGACAGGCGGAGGAGCCACCAGUGGUCGGGAGUGGGGUGGUGGCGGGGGCCACGGUGCCGCGCAGUUAUCGGAUGUCCAUCGACCUGGCAUCGGUCAAGGACCUCGAGAACGCGGCUUACGUGGUGGCCUGCUACCACUACCCCUACUGUGGGACUUCGGCUCCGGUGCGGACUUCUCUGGUGUGGGCGGCUCCCCGGAUGGACACGCCUCUCUCGAACUCGUGCUGCACAUUCUCCUUCGGGAUGAGCUUCGACCGACUCGCUGCUACCGUGCAGGACAGAAGUCUGGUCGUUUCGCUUCGGAAUAAUGACCGUUUCAAGGAGGAGGAGGUUGGGGUUGUGGCCAUCCCUCUCCAGGAUGUCGUGGAAUCUCCCCCGCAGCACGUCCGCUGCAGAGAUACCGGAAAGGCUUUCACGUCCAUGGCCGGCUUCAAAGCGCACCUCAAGUCCCGGCAAUGGGCGGGCGUCACCACACCCGGGGAUGCCUCUGGAUCAUCCCCUGUGGAGGUCAAGUCGAACCUUCCGGGCUUCGGCCAGACCAUCGACCCCAUGCGGCCAUCAUCAGCACCACAGAUGCCACAAGUACCGUCAACUGCGCAUUCACCAGAGGCGAGGUCGGCAGGGACAGGGAUGGCGACAGGGGCAGGGGCAGGACUACCACAGGCAGGGGCAGUAGUGGCAGAGGCGAAGGCAGCGAGGGCCGAGGCGGAGGAAGAUCUCGAACGUGCUCGAGUGGAGUGGGAGAGAUGGAGGGUCGUCGAGGAAGCCAAGUUCGCCAAGCGCCUGCGGGGAAAGCUGGAGGGCAAGCUUCGGAAGGCGCUGUCCGAAGUAGAGGCGAGGGGACGGCAGCUAAACGCUCGAGAGGAGUCUUGGACGACCGACCACGCUCAAAAACUGUCGGAGUUGCAGCUGCUGCAGAGACGACCGAGGGAGGAGACGAAACACCAGGUACCCCCGCAUGCCUCUCAAUGGAGCAUCUGA